UCCCUACCUGUCUUCAGCAUUCCUCCCGACUCCUGGAGCUCUCCUCUCUUGUGCUUGCCUUUUGUCCCCACUUUCAUUUUCUUCAUACUUGAAUCCUAUGCGGUGCUUCAAGCUUCAUCGAUCAUCCUCAGGGUGCGUUGUAUGCCUUUUUUUUUGCCUAUGGUGCUCUUAUUCUUCGCCACAUUCUAA